GGGACUUGUGGUAGAGGUCAACCCACCGGCUGAAGAAAGAAAAAUUACGCAUGGGGGACCUGGUAUAAUGGGUCCCCCGUGAGUAAUUGUACCCCAUGCCCUUUGAAUCUUUUUCUUUCUCUCUCUGAAAUAUUACUGGCAUGUGAGCUAUAAAGCAAAUAUUUGGCUUGUGGUAUCAGGGAGGUCUGCAUGUUGCUCUCUGCUUGUCUGUUCCCGGACAUCUAACCCAGCUGGCGCAUCUGCUAGGGUGAACUAGUGCUUCUGGAGAGAGCCAUGCUGCAGGCCACGGCUGUCCUUUUCCUUGUGCUGGCCUGUACCUUGAGCACAGAACUGCGUUCCCCUCUUAAUGACUUCCAGAGGCUAAAAGCUACAGAGCUGGUUUCUGUGUCCCUCCGCAAAGAGGAGAAGCCCACUGGGGUGGAGGAGUGUGCAAGGCAGUGCACAACUAUCCUACGCUGCAGAGCCUUUAACUACAACUGGCAGAGCCAUGGCUGCCAGCUGCUGCAUUUGACCCAGCAUUCAGCACAAACCCAGUUGCAGAGGAAUGUCCACUAUGACCUCUACCAGAAGAAAGCUUAUAUGAGGAACUGCACCGUGGGCGAUGGGUCAAGCUACAGAGGGACCCAGUCAGUGACCAGAGGUGGAAAAACUUGUCAGCACUGGCACUUGAAAGUUCCUCAUGAUCAUAGGUUUGUUCCAUCGGCACAUAAUGGGUUGGAAGAAAAUUACUGCCGGAAUCCAGAUAAAGAUCAGGGUGGUCCCUGGUGCUAUACAACUGACCCUAAAAUUCGAUAUCAAAGUUGUGGCAUCAAGAAAUGUGAAGAUGCCAUAUGUGUGUCAUGUAAUGGAGAAGACUAUGAGGGCUUUGUGGAUCACACUGAGUCUGGCAAGGAGUGCCAGCGCUGGGACCUGCAAUUUCCUCACAAGCAUCCAUACCAGCCAAAUAAAUACCCUGAUAAAGAUCUGUCUGAUAAUUACUGUCGUAAUCCUGACAGUUCCGAGCGUCCCUGGUGUUACUCAACAGAUCCUGCCACAGAAAGAGAAUACUGCCACAUUCAGAAAUGCACAGAGGAACGCCUGCGCAUUGCUACUACAACCAGCUGCUUCAGGCUGAAAGGAGAAGACUAUCGAGGCAAGGCAAACACCACUUCAACAGGUGCCCCUUGCCAACGCUGGGACUCCCAGACACCUCACCAGCACAAUUUCCAGCCUGAGAAAUACAAGUGCAAAAACCUGAAAGAGAAUUACUGCCGGAAUCCAGAUGGCUCAGAGGCCCCCUGGUGCUUCACUACCCUUCCCAACCUGCGGGUGGCUUUUUGCUUCCAGAUUAAACGCUGUGCUGAUGAUGUGGAAGUGGAAGAUUGUUACUAUGGAAAUGGAGAAGAAUAUCAAGGCACUGUCAGUAAGACUCGGAAGGGAAUCACGUGUCAGAAGUGGUCAGAGCAGUCACCUUCCAAUCCCCAGACCUUCCCUACCAUCUUCCCCACUGUGCGUCUUGAAGAGAACUAUUGUCGCAACCCUGACAAUGACAGCCAUGGCCCCUGGUGCUACACAAUGGACCCGAGAACCCAGUUUGAUUACUGUGCUAUUCAGCCAUGUGCUGGUGACAAGAAGCCCUCCAUCUUGCUGAACCCAGACAAUGUAGCCUUUGACCAUUGUGGCAGAAGGGAUGACCGCUGGUACAGUGGACGGAGUCGUAUUGUAGGGGGGCAUAUUGGAAACUCACCCUGGACAGUCAGCAUCCGCAACCGGCAAGGAAUCCAUUUCUGUGGAGGGUCAUUGGUGAAAGAGCAGUGGGUUAUCAGCACACGCCAGUGUUUCUCCUCUUGCGAUGCUGAUUUAUUGGGGUAUGAAGUCUGGCUUGGUACUCUCUUUAAGAACCCUGGUCCUAAUGACCCUGACAAACAGGCAAUACCCAUCCUUAAGAUUGUUUGUGGACCUUCCGAAUCUCUUCUGGUGAUGCUGAAAUUAGAGAGACCAGCCAUCCUGAAUCCACGUGUGGCACUGAUCUGUCUUCCCCCUGAGCGGUACAUUGUGCCUGAGAAUGCCAAGUGUGAGAUUGCAGGAUGGGGUGACACCAGAGGGACUGGCAAUGAAAAUAUGCUCCAUGUGGCUGAGUUACAUGUCAUGAACAAUCAAGAGUGCAAAGUGGCACUUCGGGGCCGAAUGAAAGACAGCGAUUUGUGUACACAGCCUCUACAGAUAGGUGUGGGAGCCUGUGAGGGUGACUUUGGAGGCCCCUUGGCCUGCCUGAUUCAUGACUGCUGGGUGCUGGAAGGUGUGAUCACCCCAUCCCGCGUAUGUGCUCGCAAAGACAAGCCUGCCAUCUUCACCCGUGUUUCUCUAUACGUUGACUGGAUCAACAAAGUAAUGAAGUUGAGCUGAAUUUGCUGGAACUGUCCUGAAGCUUGGCCCCACUCCAAGAUUUGAGACAAGAGGCCCUCCACUGCCCCCCGCUACACUGACUUCUCUUUCUUCUGCAAUAAGUGCAUGCAUACAUGUGAGUGCAUACGUAUCUGUACCCACACACAUACUCUUUUGCCCAUGCUUCUUUCAGCCUCAUUACUGCCAGCAGAGGUAUCAGUUAUGUGAAAGAGUGGUGCUCUGCUGCUUCCAGCACUUGUCCCAGAGAAGACAUGAGAAGCAAAGGCCUCUGGGACCAUCUUGAAGGGGCUUUCUAGGACAGCCCUCCAAUUCCCAGGCCAUCCUCCCCCUCCCCACUUGCCAAGGGACUUCCCAUUCUUGAGGUACAAGUCCUCUGACAUCAGUGUCACCAAAUGGGAGAAAGUUUCUGAAGUCUGGAUGUGCCUUUGGGGCCAUUUAUGCAGGCAGCAUCUGCCCCUCUUGAUGCUUUCCUGCAAAUGCUAUAAUAACUCUGACACUUGUCUCCUGCUUCUUAAAGAAGAACUUUCAUCACUAGCGCUGAAACAACAACAAAUCAGCUUACCCCCAAACUGAUACAAUAUUCAUUUAUUUAAAUGUAUUUCAUUUUAAGAUGGAUUGUUUGUAUAGUAGUUUAGAGCACAUAUAUUUUCAAAAUGUUUCAACAAAAAGCAUUGAGAUGUAAAGGGGCAAACAUAUGCCUCCCAAUCUAAGCAUAUCCACUGUCUGAUAAAUACAAUCCUAGCAAAAGAAAAAUCUGGGUGGUAUGUCUUGCAUUUCAAAAUAUAGAAAUUUCAUCUUC